CCGACCUGGCGGACCUGUGCGGGCAGACGUGGCAGGGGGACGGGCUGCUGCUGCGCUCGCACGCCGCGUCGCGCAGGUUCUACUUCGUGGCCCCGGACACCGACUGCGGGCUCUGGGUGCAGGCGGCGGCCCCCGGCGACCGGCUCCGCUUCCAGUUCCGCUUCUUCCUGGUCUUCACCCUGACCUUAGCGCCCCCGGCGCUCAACGCCUCCGCCCCGGCGCCUGCCGACCCUUGUGCCUCCGGCUCCUACCUGCAGUUCUACGAGGGCCCGCCGGGGGCGCCCCGGCCCCUGGGGUCCCCGCUCUGCGGCCUGACCAUCCCGGUCCCCGUGGCAUCCUCCGGACCCUUCCUAGGCCUGCGCCUGGUCACGAGAGGCCGCCAGCCCCGCGUGGACUUCGUGGGCGAAGUCACCUCUUUCCAUCUGGGUGAGCUGGGGCUUAAGGCGGGUCGGGGCCCCAUGCAGAGGCUAUGUGGGGCUGGGGCCACAGUGGGGACCCCG